CGUGUCAUCUUCUGAGAAUACAUGGUAGAAUCUCACUAUCUGACUCUUCUGUGGAUUUGGGAUAAGAGAGUUGCCAAAAUCCAUUGGCUGAGGAGUUCUCACUCCUGCGAUCAAAUCACUGGGGCUUUCUUCAAUCGAAUCCUUCUUUCGAUGCAAAUGGAUAUGCAAGCUCAUCUCUCUUAUAGCUUCUCUUCGUCGAGAGUAGGAAAAUUUUCACCUCCUUCCUUUUCUAAUUACUAUCCUCUCAGACCAUUCUGCUCACGAGAUCAGAAGUCCCGGGACCCCAAUCCAGACGGCGGCGACAAUGGUGAUAAAUUCUCAACAGACUGGGAUAAGGCCUGGUCAAACUUCAGAAAACAGGGGAAGAAAACCCUCUUCUCUCAGUUCUCUCCGAACAAGUAUGUGAGUUGGAAUCCUAGGCGGUCAGAUUACCCUCUAUCUGAAGAGGUUGAUCCUAUCAAGAGGACGGAGAGGUCGAACCUCAUGUUAUGGACCAGUCCAAGGUUUACUCUAGUGGGGGCCAUACUAGUAGUCACAUUUCUUUUGGUCUACACCAUUCUUUAUCCAAUUAAAUGAUUCAACUAAUUUCUGUUCCGUCCAAGAAAGUUGGCCCUGUUCUGUAAAAAUAUGAAGCAUAUAAAGAAAGGGGCAAAGGAGAGUGAGUUGCAAGUAAAUGCAACUACUUAAUAGUUUUUCUUUUUUCAAUUUUUCCUGGUCUGUUGCAAAUAUUUUUGUGCUUCAUUGAGGUGUAAAACUUUCAUUGUUGCUAAAUGUAUUAAUUUCCAAUUAUUAAU